AUGGAACUAGCCCCGUGUAAGGGGGAAGCCGGAUUCCGAAAUCCGUUAAAUUUUUGCUCGUGGAAUCUGGAAUCCUGGACUUUGGAAUCCGGAAUACAGUUUAAGGGAUCCGGAAUCCCACUAACGAUUGGAGUCGGGAAUCCAAGUGCUACUGGCAAAGAAUCCGGAAUCGAGUACCUGGAAUCCAGAAUCCAAGGUGAGAAAUCCAGAAUCCAAGAGACUGUCUUGGAUUCCUUUACAUCGGGCGAACGGAACGGAUCGGAUAACACAAUAUCGAUGGGUACUUUUUAGCUGGAACCUAACGAAUGUGGACGUAAUAAGGUGCUGUAUGACAGGGGCUUCACUGUAUAACUAAGAAAACCGCAAACUACUUCAACUUAUUUCAAUUUCAACUUUAUCUGCACUGUUCAGACGAAUUAAUCUUACACAUACAGAAUAUAUAAUUACAGAAAUGUACUAUUUAAAUUUUAAUAAAUGGAAAAUCUAGAGAGGAUGUGCACAGUGGCCAAAGGAGCCGAGGCUUUCGAGUUGACCACUGUCAUGUUUGAAAUAUAAUCAGGAAAACAACAACAACAACAAAAACAAGAUUUACAUUCGUUAAAAUUAACGGGCACAUUGUUAGCAUAAUGUACAGUAGAUAUUAUACUCAAAUGGAUCAGUUUUCUGUGUUAAGCUUUAGCUCUUCACUCAUAAAAAACAGCCUUAAAGGGACUGUGUCACGAUAGUGAGCAUGUGUGAGCUCUGACAGUAGCUGAUUGUUUUUAAACCAAUCGAAAGCGAGGAAGAUGAACGCAAGGAAAUUUACAAACUUCAAAAAUUUAUUGUUCGCCAAGUGGGAGACUUCCGGACGUUUUUGUUUGAGUUUACAUAUCACCAUAAUUGAUAUUAAUUUUCUGAUAUUCCUCAGAUAUAUGUUGCAGCCGAUAAGAAUAAGAUUAACAACGCUGUCCUGCUUUGAAACAAACAUCUACCUAGGUGUAGUUUUACGUACCCACGCUAGCAAACCAGUCUCCGAUCCGCAAACAAAAAUAAUUUGUAAACAAACCUUACUGAUCUCUCUGUUUGCCCUAUACAAACUUAGCCUGAGAUUGCGCCUAAACGGUGACCAAGACACACAGUAUCGAAUGAGGCAAACUUUUUGCUUCAAAUGCCAGCUAAAUGCGCACUAUGAUAAAAUAGGCCAUGCGGUCGGCUAGCACGAUGAACACUCUGCAUGAACACUGUAAAGCUCAGUCGAUUGAUACCAGCUGAAAAUCUUAGCAGUGUUUGAAAGAAUUUAAAUAGCGCUUCAUCGUAAAAAGCUUUCAUUGCAAUAGUAGCGACUUACAACUAUAAAGAUCAUUCUAAAAGAACAACGGAAAAUGAAGCAUAAACAGGAGCCCAUCACUAAAGCAAAAAUUUCGAAAUUUCAGUUGCUUAUCAGCAAAUAAACACAUUCCUUCCGAGUCGUUGCGUCGGGUGUUCCGCAAAAACAAACGUGAUCGAGUUCAACACAUAAAGAAACCAGACAAUAAACGGAACAUCCAGGCAACAAUUUAUUUUUAAAAGAUCCAUUCUUAAACAUUUACGCUCAUACAGCAAGAUACAAGAAACAUUCCGAGUGAACCACAUCGGUAAAGAUCGCGCGGCCUCUUGUCAGUACUUUCUGGUAUACGCUGACUACGGAUCGGGGUCAUAAAUCGAAUGCCUCUUAAAACGUUUCAUGUUCGAUGGAUUCUUUCCUCAAACCUCACACCACUUCCUCUACAAUAAAAGAUUGCUGGGUUUUCUCCUUCUGAUUCCAGGCACUUGAGAGAGUAAUAUGGCGUUUAGAACUUCCAGAAUGGACCAAAUAGCUCUUGAACACUGAUGUAAUAGCUUUCUCUGGCGUCUCAGAGUCGAUGGAAGAACUAAAAAAGUGGUUUCCGGUUAGAACUUUUUUCCAGGCGGUCUGGUCUUUAGUUCUACGGCGUGUACGCGUCUUCGCACAGUGUCAGGGAAAGUUGCACAAAUUCAAGACCGGUUUUUAUCCUUUCUUGGCUUUCAGCCACCCAUCAACCACUAAGGAAAACUUACAGUUGAUGAAUGAACAGCAGCACGUUCAUGGGAUGAAUUGGAUUGAGUUUAAUUCGUUUCAGUUCCGUUAAGUGAAUCAGGACUUUCUAGCGCUUCUCUGUAGAGAAACACUUUGUGGAGAAAGGUUUACAGCCUCAGUUAGUGCGGGAAUUCGAUUCCACUUUUGUUUUCUGUCAUAUUUAGUUUAGAGGAAAGAUAGAUAGAUAGAUAGUUUAUUAAUAACCGAUUUGCAACUAAAAGUUGAAUUAUACGAUUAUUUACAAAGAAUUGAAUAUUGAUAAUUACAUUAAAAAGACUACAAGUGAUUUAAAACAGCAAAUAAGGACACUAUAUUUAUGUUCCAAAAAAAAUAUAUAGAAAAGGUUUAAAAAAUUUACUAAAACCGUUUAAGCCUUAAGGGCGUUAAAGGUAAUAAAACUACUACGAAACCUGUUCGUCUUAAAAGCUGGCUUAAAAUUCCGCAUAUUUCUUAGGUUAAAGGUACAUGUGUUGCGAGCAGGAAGAAGUUCAUGGAGCUUGUUCUGUUUGUUCUGUAAAACAUCCUUAAAUGUUGUUUAAUGUUGUUAUGUUUGCGUCGCCAGUUAGAUAUAUACGGAAGUUAAAGUUUUAGCCGUCUCCGUGCUCAAGUCUCAAAGUCAUUCGUCAGCGACAAGGGAAAGUCAUACACGAUGGAAGGGGAUUUUUUCACCAAAGGCCAAUCUUGAAAAAAGGUCCGCCAGACCAGAAAUCAAGAUGCCGCACAUGCGCAGAAGCGUGUCACAGUCCCUUUCAACGUGUUUAAGUUCUGGCCAAAGUAUCCUUUCUUGGCUUUCAGCCACCCAUCAGCCACUAAGGAAAACUUACAGUUGAUGAAUUAACAGCAGCACGUUCACGGGAUGAAUUGGAUUGAGUUUAAUUCGUGUCAAUUCCGUUAAGUGAAUCAGGACUUUCUAGCGCUUCUCUGUAGAGAAACACUUUGUGGAGAAAGGUUUACAGCCUCAGUUAGUGCGGGAAUUCGAUUCCACUUUUGUUUUCUGUCAUAUUUAGUUUAAUGAUGUUAUGUUUGCGUCGACAGUUAGAUACGGAAGUUAAAGUUUCAGCCGUCUCCGUGCUCAAGUCUCAAAGUCACUCGUCAGCGACAAGGGAAAGUCAUAGACUGAAAUGACAGCACGUGUAUAUGACAAAAAGCUAUAAUUAAUUAUCAUAUCAUAUCCGCUCAGCCACAUGAUAAAUCUCUGAAGUUUUGUUUGAAGUCUCAUUCGGUGUAUCACGACUUAGUAGUUGCGGCAGGGAGCUUCCAAGCUUCUAACGCAAAACAUUUUGAGCCUACAAAACAAAGAGCUUUGGCAAACAGGUACGCAAUUGCAAGUAAUGAGCCUUGUUCGAUCUGUAGUUACGUCUUGUAAUACUUUUACUUAUUUUUCUAGCCUGUGCACAGGCUCUCUGUUUGAGGAAAGGGUGAAAAAAUCGCGAGGAGAGGGAAGGGAAAGGGUGAGAGCUUGGGACCGUCGUUCCACGGCACCCGCUGUGCAUCAGAUCCUGAUGCAAGCUCCCAUUGGCGAGAACACUGACUGUUGACAGGUUUGAUUUACAUCGCUUUUUUGGUGGGCACGUAGCACGCGAUUUGAUUUACCGUAUUUAUUCGAUUAACCGCCCUGGGCGCUUAUUAAAUUUUUGGACCUUGAGGGUGGGCGCUUAUUCGAGGUGGGCGCUUACUCGAGGCUGGGCGCUUAUUAACUUUUUCUGCCUUUAGUAUGGGCGCUUAUUCGAGGUGGGCGCUAAUUCGAGGUUGGGCGCUUAUUCGAAUAAAUACGGUAAAUAAUCGCUUGUAAACAGGUCUUUUGAUCUUUAACAUGGCGUCUUCUGGCGCUUGACUGAUGAGCUUUUUUAGCCGCAAUGAAUGUUCUUGAAUCAGAGGGCAAAUCACGCCGACCAGAAACAAUAACCGCAGAAAAUCAAUAUGCACGUCACGACCUCUUAGUAUGAAAUAAGCGACAAAAAUCACAUUUUCUCAUUUAAAACUAAACCCUCCAGAGCAGAAAAAUUCAUUGGAAAAAGCAGCAUUUUGGCACCAGGUAAAAGUUGUGUGUUGCCUACCGACCACUUUUUUACACGCGAAAUUGAUUACAUUCCAAUGUAUCCAAGUGACAGAUAACGAUCUUGCUGACAGAUGAUCGGCAAUUACAAGACAAGAAUGCGGAAUAGCGGCUCAAAUGUUUGUCCACAGGCUCUCACCCUUUUCUUUCCCUCUCCUCGCGAUUUUUGCUGACCCUAUCCCAAAACAGAGGGCCUGUUCACUCCGAUAAUAAAAAGUACUGUACUAGAGCAGCAGUCCCCGUGGGUUGCGCUUAUAUCAAGUUUUGGUGAAUUUGUAUCGUAACAAUUUGCAUAAAAUCAUAAAUUUGCCAUCUAUAUCCGUAUAAAAAUAGUCCUAGAAAUUUUUCAUCUGUUCGGAUUUCCUAGCUGAAAGUCUAGUGAUCCGAAAUUAUAGAGAUCAAAACUUACCUUUUCGAAAAUUUCAGCCAGAAAAAAGGAUCCCGAAAAUUCUAGGUGACCUUUUAAGGGUAAAAGUCCGUUAAAAAUGGGCAAUUAUACCAUUUUUUAGAUGUUCGAAAAUCCAAGGAGAGGCAGGCAAGCAAGAAAUUUUACAACAAAUGUUCCGAAAAUUCUAGAUCGCAAAUCGUCUUCCGAACAGAUAUUUUCCGAAAAUUAUCGUUGGGUGCCCCUGCGUCGUUAGAAAAGGUAUCGGCGCGCCAUGUAUAUCUAUUUAUCUUUCCAUGUCUAAAACAAUUCCCAUGAAUCGAAGUUCGGAACAGGCCGAUUUCAACGAGUACAAUGUAACGGGAAGGUGUCAGACUGGCUGCCUCUUCGCUGUGGUGUGCCGCAAGGGAGCUUUCUAAGUCCGCUUUUUCAAAUGUCUUUGUGAAAGAUGCAAAUUACUAAGCUGGAUAUUCCUCCCUACGUCUGUAUGCUGAUGACACUACGCAAUAUAUAGCCCAUAAGAGACCCUGCACACUUGAAACGACAUAGAGAGAUUAACCCAUUGGUUCACUGCGAAUUACCUGCAGUAUACGCUACUAAAACUCAGGCAAUGACACUGGGGAAAUCUCAGUACCCAUGCAAUAUUUUUAUUGGUGACAAGUCCAUCGAAAUUGAACGAAUUCUCAAAAUUGGAUCGGGAUUUGUCCUUGAAGCCCCAUGUUGCAAUCAUGCUGAAAAAAGCGUAUGCUAAGAUAGCUGCACUACGGAGAAUUAAGCGCUUAGUUCCUUCAGACGUAAUGAUUUCUCUUUUUAAAGCCUACGUGUUACCGCAUUUAGAAUUCGGCUACCUAUGACUUUUGCCUUGCAAUGGCUGCUAUGGUCACGCUUGAGCAAAGACGUAUCCUGCCAUCGCUUAUUCUUUUUUUCAAGUGUUUUAAACUAGAUGGCCCAAAUUAUAUCUCCCGAUUUUCUACACCCCGAUUAAUUAUUUACAGCUUACGAGGCAGUGGCUUAAAUAUUGUGCAGCCUCCAUAUAACAACCUCGUCAUGGACAACUCCUAUUUGUACAUGAUUGCCCACAUAUGGAAUCGUUUACCAGAUGUCGCCAAAUCCUCGACCACUUUAGCACAAUUUCGUGCUCGCCUGAAUAAUGUUAAAUUCACAGGGUGCCAGUGUAUAAACUGUAUAUAAUUUUACCUAUUUUACAUUUUUACAUACUCUUGGGUAGUUUAUAUUUUAUAUAUAUUUUUUAGUAAUUUAACUAAUUUACAGUUAGGAUUAGUCCAUUUUAAACUAUUUUUAAAUGCAUGCACUUAGGCUUUUUUUUAAAUUAUUAAAAAAAAAAUAGUUUCUUAAAAAUUUUCCCAAAAUUACGAUGUACUUAGUAGUUAGGUUUUAUAUACUUGUAUAUGCAUAUCCACAUUUUAUCUUGUUUUGUACUUUUAGUUUGUCGAGCUUUUUAACAUGAGCCUCUGGCUCGGAAGAUUGUGCAAACACUUCCCACGUUCUUCGACAUUAAAUAAAUCAUUAUAUUCUAUUCUAUCCCGAAACAUUUUCGGCUCCAGGCUGGAACCUAAAGGCCAACGCGCAGAGUUUAGCGCACUGAAAGAGAAGAAAACCGGAUGGCCUUAAAAAAUAGCCUCCCCGCAGACGUCCUUUCGGGUUCGUUUGUCAUGUAUUCAUUUCUCUGAAUGCGUGACGAAGGAACCCCAAACGACGUCUGCGGGGAGGCUACUUAAAUAAAGACUGAAAUCGAAUUUAGCACAUUAUAACAUUGUAUAACUGCAAUAAAUCGGCGGGGGCCAAGCUGGAAGCCUACAACUAUGCUCAACGGUGUAGGAUUAGGCGUUGCAUGAUAGAUUAUGCUCGAGAAUCAGUGUUACAGAGAAAAAAAAUCAACUGUUUGUCUGCCUGUUUUCACAUUCGUGGAGCCUACUUGUAGGUCCUGGACCCUUUCCAAGUCGACGCAGGCGCAUAACAAGCUCGGUUACCCAAGAUGGUGUCUGCAUGCUGGUCGUUAAUUGUUUCAGUUUUUAUAGUUGUCAGACAAUGAAUUAUGUACUUCCUAGAAGUAAAUGACAAUGCAUUGUUAUUGAGGGUUUGUUUUUACCAAAUUUAAAGUAAAAAGAGGAAGUAUAAUUUCUGAACUGUUUUCUAAAAUUAGCAUAUUUUACCAAAACUUGCAUAAUUAGUGGCAUAAUUUUUGAAAUAUACGAAAACUGAUAGUAGCAUAUUAUGCUACUUUUACGGGGACAAUCUAUCAAAGCCUAUCUAGGGGUGCGUUUUUCUUGAGAAAAUCCAAAUCAGGAUUUCCGAAUCCAAACACGGAUUUUGCGUUUUUUUGGGCAAAUCCAAAAACGGAUCAUGAAUCCAUAAAAUCCUCUCUCUGUGAGUGGAUUCUUCGGAUCAAAUCUAAAUCCGGAUUUUUGAGAUUCACAAUCUGAGCGUUUUUUGGGGAAAGGAUUCGAAAAAAGUAUUUUUGACAUUGUAACUGAACUUAUGUUGCUGACGCCUUAACUUUGAGCCAUUAGUUACAUAUCAUUCCAUGUUUGCUAUCUAUUUACAUUCGUAGACUGUUUUGAAAUCCUUACUUGUUGUGUUUUUUUUGCACAUAUGUAGUGUCUGCUUACGCUGGUUUAUUUUUCAAGUAAUUAAAAAAAAACGGUUCAUCGGCUUCAGUUUUAAAUUGUUAUAAUUUUACUAUCCUUAGGAGAGUAACACAAUCCUGGUCAAAACGUUUGGGACACUGUAUUUAAGGUUAGGGAAAUGCAAUUCAACUUUACCCCAGCCCUCCCCUCCCCCCUGGACAGUUAAGUGUUGGGUGUCACAAGUCAAAAACACCUUUAACAUAUCUUGUACACGUUAAGGAUCCCAACGUUGUUCGGGAAGGGGACGGGGGAGUUGGGAGGAAAAUCUUGUUAAGGUCGUGUUUAUGAGUGCGCCAUUGCUGGUUAGCUGCAAAUUCCAUAGAGAACGCGUGAAAAAGGGGAGGUGUCCCAAUACCUUUUGAACAGGAUUGUAGGUUUAUAAAGAGGAGGAAGAAGCAGAUUGACAACUACAGGAAACGAUUCAAAUUGUUUCUAGAUAGAACCAUAGUCAGGGUCAGUCAGACGUGAGAUCAUCAAAGUCCUGGAAAUUGAUUCAGAAUUGACUCCUCUUUGUGUUACUUUAUUUAGCUCAAGUAAAUCUACCCGACAUGCCUUUCCAGGCACAAAUUAACCGUAUGAACGAGGACUUUCGAGAGCAAAACGAAAAACUGAAGCAACUCAAGGAACUGGACCUUUUCGUUUUGGAAAAUUCCUUCCGAGAAAGCACUUUGGGACAGAUUCAUAGCUAUAGUGUCGAAAACAGAUGGAAAAUGUACAAUGAGGUGAGCCAGUCCUAUCUGAAAAUUUGUCAUAUGAUUACUCUAUAAAGUGUUUAAAAGAACAAAAUUUGGAGACUGGAAGAGCGUGAUAUGAUGUUCGCUUGUUAAGAACUUCAACUUAAUGUGUUUCUUUUCUUCUCUUCCCCCUCGAUUUCGUUAGUUUUCUGAAUCUGCCUCUUCCUUCUCCUCCUCUUUUUGCAUUUCCUUCUUGUCUCCUGUUCUCUUUUUCUGUCCCUCAUCCUCUUCUACUUCUCCCAGUCUCCUCCAACCCUUUGUCCUUUCUUCAACGCGUUUCUUCUUCUCCUCCUGCUCCUCCACUUUCUGCUUCAUCUUCUCCUAAUUCUGCUCCUUCUUCUUCUUUCAUCUUCCUCCCUCCUCUCUUCCCCUCCUACCCCCUCCUUAUGACUCCCACCUUUCUCUUCUUCCUUCCCACCCUUCUUUUUUACCUUUUCCUUCUCUUUCUUCUUCUUUUCAUCCAUAUCCGCUGACAAUUAUCACAUGACCAUCUCGCGGGCUCAGAUGAAAGACCAGUCGUUUUGCCCCUACAUAUAAGCUGAUAUAAUAUGUCACUCUUGCCUACUAAUAAUUCCCACCGCUACUCCCAGAAACUAGCCUUACAAAACAAAAAAUUGGAACGCCCUAAUUCCACAAGUUUUUGUUUCGUUUUUCAUCUACAGGUGAAAAAAGUAGGCUUCCAGAAUAUCAUCCUCGCAUCGUUUAAGCACAACACCCGUCUGGAAGACACCUUCUGUCGUCAACUUAAAGAAAAAGGAGAAGACUUCAGUAAAUUUUUUGCCUUCACGGAGUUCAUUGAAUCUGUCGACAAAGAUAGAGCUCCCGAUACAGUAACUGUUCCCAUUGGUUUACAAAAAAUGAAAGAGUAUGGCAUCAAACAUCCCAUUAUUGAGGUUGACUUAGUCCACAGUGGCAUCAACUACAAGAAGUUUCUUUCUGAAGAUAUCAACAAGCUUCUGUCUCUUCGAAUGAGGUGGGUGAGAGAAAAUCUUUCCAAGGAUUCCCGCAUAUUCAUCAACCUGCGAGACUUUCCACAGAGUAUGCUGAGGAAGCCUGAACGAAUUUUCCAAGUGGUCCAUUACUUGUCGUCUUUGCCCCCAAGUGAGCGUCCCUUUGGUCUGAUGUACGAAGAACCAACUGGCGAGUCCAUGCCACAAGCACUCGCUGCCUGGACGGCGGCGGUUCGUAGAGAGAUGAACGACUGUUGUUGGAAGGAAGGUAAGCUAUUGGUGCAUGUCCACGAGCAAUGGGGAAUGGCUGACUGCACCGCGUUGGAGUGUCUUGCCAGGGGAGCAGAUGGUAUUUGGGCGAGUUUGAUUAAAGAAGGGGGCGCUACUGGUCACGCCUCCUCUAGCGUGACCAUAAUGAACUUGGUCCGUCUUGGAAAUGAAAAGGUUUUACAACAGUUUAACUGCAGGUACCUUCGUAAAGCCGCUCAAGAGGUCACUAGGAUCAUCACUGGGUUGGAACCUCAUUCAACACAGGUUGUGUAUGGUGAGAGAGCCCUUGAUAUGGUACUCGGAGUUCCCCAUUUGCAGCCAUACAAGCAAGAAUUUGAUGUUGCCAAGUUCUUUGGAGAAGUGCCUACAAUACGAAUACCUACCAUGGCCACACCUAAAAUGAUCGCUGAAAGACUAAAACAUUUGUUCGGAGAGGAUCCACAGUUCACGGAAGAAAUAGGCAUGAGAAUGAAAGAGGUCAUGCUGGAAGAUCUGCACAACAACAGGAAAGAGGAAUACAUGAGCGCAGUUGGUCUUGCAGUUCUAUUUGACCGGUCUGGUGGCCAACUAACCGCCAAGAUGAGCGACAUGAUUGCAGCACAUGUUCCAAACGAGGCUCACGGUGAAGAAUUGAUCAACGAAAUUCGGCAAAUGUGGAAUGAGUGGGAUCUUAGAGAGGAAUCCAAAAGAGAUGACGAGCUUGAGUUCGAUUCAUUUUACAACGGCUUCAUGGCGCCCUACUUUAGCUUCUAUAGAUGCGAAGACAUCACAAAGCGCGCAUUGAAGGCGAUCGACAUAGAUGGGGACAGCAGAGUGGAUUGGAAAGAGUUUGUACUGUACCUCAAGUGGGCCAUACGUCAGUAUCCUCGGUCAAUGACCGUAAAAGAGCUCCUGUUCAUUGCUUUUCGAAAGGGCAUCAUUCCGGUCAUGCAGGAUGUGGUCACUUUGCAAAACACGGAAAAAAGAAUCAAUUCCGAAAAAGCCUAA